CAUAUAAGACCAAUAGCUAACUUCCCGAAGACUCCUUCAUCAUAAAAGAAGCCCCGUCAUGUUGCAGAUAUCCGCUUCCGGCAGCUACGACGACAAGUCAGCACCUCCAGCGAUGGCCACCCCACCCGCCAACAACAACGAGCUCAACCCGUGGGAUUUUUUCUGGCCGCAUCAAGACCAGUCCUACAUGGCACCGCAGCAGCAGCAGCAGCAGCAGCACAAUCCGAACGUGAGCACCACAGCACCAUGGUCAACAGCCCAGCCUGCUUUGGCGGCGGCGUCGUCGUACCUUCCUUCUCCCCCGCCCCAGCCCUAUCUUCCAUCCCCAACGGUGCCAACAUUUCUCUCCUCGCCGAUAGCGUCCGCACCAUAUCCACGCCACAGCGCCCCUCCACCCUCGCCGUCAUCCUCCCGCGGACAACGGAACCAUCUUCCAUGUCCCUUCUACGUCCAAAACCCAUCCUCGCACCCCAAGUGCGCACAGAAGACUUUCUCCUACAUGUGCCGAGUCCGGUAACACCUCUUCCGCCUCCCCUUGAUGCCUUUACUUCCCCCCCGCUAACUCGCGACUGCAGAGAGCACAUAUCGACACACACACUCCCCUUUUCCUGCGACAUCUGCGAACGCCGCUUCUCGUCACGGUUCGGUCUGACGAGGCACACAGACACAUGUCGAGCCGGCGGCGGUGGCCGGAGGAGAUUAGGCGGCGGUGGUGGUGGCGGUGGUGGUGGGCACGGACGGAGGGACGAAAACUUAGCUUUGCACCAGGCUUUGACGCAGGCGGGAUCGGUGGAGGCUAUGGUGGGGAUUUUGGCACGGCCUUUCUGAGAGGGCACGGUUCUGUUGGCGUUUGGGCUUCGGUGGAUGGACGGAUGGACAGAUGGAUGGGCGAAUGGAUGGUUUGGCCGGUGUAUAUGUUUUGGUAUUGUGGUUGUAUAUAGAAUCCAUGUUUUGAGUUUGUGACGUUGAGCGUCGAGUCUCGAGAGUUAUUCAACCAGCGACCGACCACCCGCUCACGAAUGGGGGCCAUGUACUGGAAGGAGGUGUCGACAUGCGGAAUGGCACAAGAUCUCA